AGUAUAGACAGAUAAUAGAUAUAGAUUUCCUUCUCUUCCAUUGCCUUUGAAGUUUGAACCAAACAACGCUUAAGCCGGCCAACUGUCCUGAGGAAAUUAAUACUCCUAGAGUCCUACGGUACCCAUCCCUAGUCGGCUAGUCCUCUAAUCUAAAAGACUCAAAAUCCUCAUUUCUUUGCUAUUGGAGAAUCUCUACUCAGUACUGACCAUACCCCCUUCAGUUUUUCCCAAACACCCAUUCGGCUUUGGCUCUUGCAGAAAUUUGGGCAUGGACGGAUCGAAUUCGAGAUGGCCAGUGGCCGAAAAUGGCCACUACGACGAUCUUCUUCACGAUGGUGGUGGUGGGCCCACAAUCAGGGUUAAUGCCGUCCAUGGCUUGAGCCAGCUUUGCCUCGUUGUUCCCUCUCAAUUCACUUUUGGGGAGCUGAAGAAGUGUAUUGCCCAAGAAAUUGGGUUGGAGCCUAAUCAACAAAGAUUGUUGUUCAGAGGAAUGGAGAAAGACGAUCAAGAGUAUUUGCACAUGGUGGGUGUGAAGGAUAACGCAAAGGUUUUACUCAUGGAAGAACAGAAAACCAUUGAGAGAAACUCUGAGGAGGUUGAGGGCAAUGAAUUUUCUAGUGCUGCUGAAGUCAGACCAGAGAAAGAGUUGGGUUCUAUGGAAGGCACAGUCAAAGAUAGGGAGCUCAAGGAGGCGGUGGCAAGAUCCUGUGCAGCUGUUGCUCAAGUCAGGGCAGAGGUCGAUAAGCUUUCAGAACAGGUGGCUGCACUGGAAGGAGUUGUGUAUGGUGGGACCCAGGUUGGAGAGAAGGAAUUCAUAAUUCUAUCCGAGCUGCUAAUGAGGCAGCUGCUUACAUUGGAUGGCAUUGAGGCUGAAGGAGAAGGGAAAGUACAGCGAAAGCUUGAGGUUCAUCGUGUUCAAAGCUUUGUGGAUACAGUGGACUCUCUAAAGGAAAGGAACUCGAAUCCAUUGAGCAACAACAGCAGGAAUGUAUCGGUAACAACUGAAUGGGAGACCUUUGGCUCUGAAAUGGAAAGCUUCAGUGCCCCUCCGCCCUUUCCAUCAUCUACUGCAGUGAGUCAAGAUUGGGAACGCUUCAAUUAGCUACUAUAUGUCCACUUGAAAUACUGAAUAUAGGUAGCUGGGAAUGCUAAAGUUAUGUUCCAUUUUUAGUUCAGAUUUUUCUUUUUUACUACAAAUGUCGUGAGUGCAAGGGCAAAGAAGAUUGAAGUGCCAGUAUUUACUUUCACAGUGUGAUUCCCUGUUGAAAUUGUUGUACUCGAAUUUCUAAUAUGACCUUCCCUUUUGAUACGGGUUAUUCCCUUUUGAUACAGGUUAAUCAGUUAAUACUUAAUAGGAGCAGCAGCAUCAACUUGAUAUUUGA